GGUAUCGCCAUAUUUCCAGCAAUGACAGCAGUCACGUUGUAGUUUUUGUUAGUUACCGGUUCAGUUAGAUUAAAUAGUUCGCAAUCAGUUUCUCAUAUCUCAGUGUUGUCUUAUUAUUCUUCCAGAAGCGCUGACAUUACCUAAUUUCAUCUGCUUUACUGCUUGCAAAUGCAAGCAUCAGUAAGUCAUGAAGGGCAGCCUCAGACUCUUCGUUUUUGCCAUGAAAAAAUGUUUUUCUAGACACAUUCACAGAGACAUAUAUCACAGAUAUUAUUGUUCAGGAUCGUCUACUAAAGAUUAUAGCAGGGUUAGUGAAUUAAACCGUAAACUGGCAUUUGGUCCGAGUUUCGAGGAGUUCAUCAAGAGUUCAAACAAGAGUUCAGAUGAGCUUCAUGAAGAAUACGAGGAGCAUUAUAUUCAUGCAGACACAACCUCAGCACAUUCAAGGAAAGUGUUUUUUGAAACGUAUGGGUGUCAGAUGAAUGUCAACGACACUGAAAUAGCCUGGUCCAUUCUUCAGAAAGCAGGCUAUACAAGAACACACGAGCUACCAGAGGCAGAUGUGGUGCUGCUCGUCACUUGCUCUGUCAGGGAAAAGGCAGAGCAAACAAUCUGGAACAGACUCAGACAGAUCAGUGCGGUAAAGAAGAGACGUUCAAAACACGAAGCUCCAUUAAAAAUAGGUGUCCUAGGCUGCAUGGCAGAGAGAUUGAAAACUGAAUUACUGGAGCGGGAGAAGUUGGUGGAUGUUCUCGCAGGGCCUGAUGCCUACAGAGAUCUGCCCCGGCUGCUUUCUCUUGCUCACGGUGGUCAGAGGGCCAGCAAUGUGCUGUUAUCAUUGGAGGAGACUUACGCUGAUGUCAUGCCUGUCCAUCAAAGUCCUCAGGGACACAGUGCUUUUGUGUCCAUCAUGCGUGGCUGUGAUAAUAUGUGUAGUUACUGUAUUGUACCAUUCACCCGCGGCAGAGAGAGAAGCAGACCAAUGUCUACUAUUCUGGAGGAGGUUCGCAUGCUUUCAGAUCAGGGAGUGAAGGAGGUUACCCUGCUGGGCCAGAAUGUGAACAGUUAUAGGGAUUUGUCAGAAGAGCAGUUCAGCAGUUCUGAGGUCAGCCUUCAACUCAGCCGUGGCUUCAAGACCAUUUACCGAACAAGACAAGGAGGUCUCCGCUUUGCGGACCUGCUGGACAGAGUGUCACUCAUUGAUUCAGAUAUGAGGAUACGCUUUACCUCACCACAUCCCAAAGACUUUCCUGAUGAGGUGUUGCAUUUAAUUCAGGAGAGGAAGAACAUCUGCAAACAGAUUCAUCUCCCGGCACAGAGCGGCAGCAGUCGGCUUCUUCACGCUAUGAGACGUGGUUACACCCGAGAGGCGUAUCUUGAGCUUGUGGAAAACAUUCGUAAACUAAUUCCAGGGGUCAGUUUGAGCAGUGAUUUUAUCACGGGUUUCUGUGGAGAGACUGAAGAGGACCAUCAGCAGACCCUCUCUCUCCUCAGGGAGGUGGGCUAUAAUGUGGGCUUCCUCUUCGCCUACAGCAUGAGGAAGAAAACCCAUGCAUAUCAUCGUCUGCAAGACGAUGUCCCUGCAAUAGUGAAACAGCAGCGUCUGGAGGAGCUCAUCUCUGUUUUUAGAGAAGAGGCAGCCAAAGUUAACAUGUCUCUAAUCGGCAGUACACAGCUUGUGUUGGUAGAGGGAGAAAGUAAACGAUCUUCUGAGGAACUGUGUGGUCGGAAUGAUGGAAGCGUGAAAGUGAUUUUUCCUAAAACAGAUUUGCCUGUUCAGCCAGGGAAACCUCAGGCCGAUUCCAUUACACCUGGAGAUUAUGUAUUAGUCAAGAUUACAUCUGCUAACUCCCAGAGUCUGAGAGGACAUGCCUUGAUUCGAUCCUCACCGAGCAACACAAAUGUUUCAUGUUGACCAACAGAUUCCCUAACCAGACACUUCACUGUAUUCAUGCUCAUUUAAAUUAAGUUAACAAAGUUACUGUACUAGAGACUAAUGUCCAUUGUAUUAAUGUCAUGCAUAAAUAAAAAAAUU